GAAAACUGUUAAAAAAGCAGCCCAGUACAUAUCUCUCAGUGCUUCCUGAGAAAUUGAUACAAACAGAGCCUGAGAGUGAGGUCCCUUCCUCGGGCAGUGAUAAAAGAGAAAGCAAACUUCAGUUCAGCAAUGAUGGAUGUGCCGUGUCCUGUAUGUCUUUACUUAUGUGGCUGACAUGGGGUGCAGGUGUUGACACAACAUGGCUGUCAUUGGGCUGGCGUUAUCAGUACUUCAGUAAACCAACUGACCUGGCAUCCCUACAGCUGUUCCUUUGCUUUGUACUGCUAACUGUGAAGAUAUGCAUGGAAUUAUCACAGCCAUGUACUUCUUUGUAUAGAAUAAACCUAGCAAGUAACUACAUGCAGCUGGGUCUUCUAGGAACCUGUGGUUUCAUCUUGUGUCUAUUUCCAGAACAUGCUAGACCAUUGCACAACAGCCUUUUAUUCACUGCUGGAUUUGCAUUGCAGUACGAUGAUCUCAGUGACCUCUACAUUGUCAGAAAGAGGAUCGAUCCUCUGUCUGUCUUCAGGCACAAGUUAAUUGCUUGUCAGCCAAAUGAAGUUGGGCGCGUCAGUGUCGAAUAUAGCCCACUUUUCAGCUGCUGCUGUGUGGUGUGCCAUGUUGCAUCUCUCUUUCUCAUGUCUCUACUGGCAAUUAUACUAGGAAUUCAGCUAGCAA